GUGACGUAUAUAUUCCGUUUCCUUCAACGGUGUGUGCAACAAUGUCAGUGUUUAUUGCUAAAUUAGGUGAAAGGUUCAAUCUCAAAAUGACGUCGUCUCACUACCGAGGGGUAAAUGUCACCAUUGUUUUCAACCUUUUAGUCGUACGUUGAAAAUGUUAAGAGUAUUUUAUUGUUUUGAACUUGUUGCUGAAAGUUGGGCAGAAUUCGGCAGUAUCGCUACAGCUGUGAAACUAACGUUACUGUUUUAUCCUAUAUGUAAUUGUCUCACUGAUUUUUAUCAUGAUAGGCUACUACUUGAGGACGAAACCUCGAUGUCAAUUCGCACUUGUGCAUGCGCUGUUGAUAAGGCUAUCGUCCUCUUCUCAUCCGAUUGAUCGUCAUGACCAUUAGGUAUGUCGUAACAUAAAUGAACUGAUCGCGUACAAAGUAUCAUCUCCCGCCAACAGUGGGCAUUGCGAAGGGAUUGUCAAAUCUCAACUCUACAAGUUAAUGAUUUGCUCUUUACCUCGUACUUAGUACUUGAGCGUGGAGUUUGGAUUCUGCCCUCCACGCCGAUGACCAUAAUUCGAAUAGUUUCGUGUAGCGGAGCCUUUCUUUCUGGCCUGUGAGCGCCGAUCCAGUCAACGUUUACCUGCGGCCACCUUCUUGCUCCUAAUAGAUUUCAAAAUGUUAGCUCUCUUUGUGCUUUUGCUCUGCAUAACAUCUUCAUUUUCUGCUUCUACUAGAGGUGCUGGUGCUGCUGGACCCAGGCUGAACAAUGACCAGUUGUACAAAUUCAGCUACACCACCGAGGUGCUGGUGGACAGGGCCAAGGGGUCAAAGGAUGGCAGUGUUGGCUAUAGGAUCUCCAGUGACGUGGAUGUCAACUUAGUGUGGAGAGACCCCAACAGCAAGGACGACCAGCUCAUCCGACUGGUGAUCUCAAACGUGAAGAUAAAAAGUGUGGCCCAACGCUCAGCCAAGAAGAACAUAUUCCAGGGCGCCACAACGCAAAGCCUUCUCGGAGAGAAUAAGCUGGCAGCACUGGAAAGGCCGUUCAUGGUGCACCUGAAAAACGGAAAGGUGAGCAGCUUUUACUGCUAUAAGGCGGAGCCUGCUUCCAUUAAGAACUUGAAAAGGGGUGUGGCUAGCUUGCUGCAGGUGCAAUCCAGAUCUGGGAAGGUCAUAGAGAAUGAUGUGUCAGGGAGGUGUACGGUAGAGUACAAGGCUACCCAAGGCCAGGUGACAAGGACCAAGGCUUUGGAGACCUGCAAGACCGCAGAGACCGGCUUCACCACCUACAUUCAGGUCCUGGGCGUGAGUGGGGAGUCCAGCUCUGUCACUGUUUUCACCCUGGAGGAUGGCUUCAUUAAGUCAGCCACAGCCAAGGAGACUCACAUCUUAGCAGUCAACGCACGCCGCACCACCGCCGCUAAAAUAGUGUCCAGGCAAAACUUGACGCUGGUAACAAUUGAGACUGGGCCAUUUGAGGCUGCGGGGAAGAAUGUCGCCAGUGUUGUCAAAUCACUUGAUGAGAAAUUGUAUGCUGUUGGUGUGACAGCUGAGAAGGUCAAAUCCCAAUGCAAGGGCUGUCAAUCGCUGUUUGAGCACUGGCAAGAGGUCAAGAAGCAGUUUGAACCAGAUAGCUUGUCAAAAGCCAUCGCUCCCCGACGCUUCCUGGCUCUCAUCCAGAGCAUAAGGAAAGCCUCCAAGGACGAGAUCCUCCAAGUGCUGAAGAGCUCCACCAAGACUGCCCUACCUCAGGUGGUGGACGCCGUGACCUCGUCCCAGACGCCCGCCUCCCUGGACGCCAUGCUGCAGUUCCUCAACUUUGCCGACCCCAAAGGCCUGGUUCUGCAGGAAAGGUUCCUGUACGCCUGCGGCUUCGCCUCGCACCCCAACGAAAGAAUGCUCCAGGCUUUGGUGGACAUUUCAAAGGGCAAGAUUGUCAGUAAUGACAUCAAAGAGUCGGUGGUGAUCAUCAUGGGUGCCCUUGUGCACAAGCUCUGUCAGAAAGGGGGUUGUGAGCUACCAACUGUGGUUGAGGUGAAGAAGAUGAUUCUGGAAGGUCCCGACAGUACGCAGGUGGAGUCAGACGUUCAGAUGUACCUGCUAGCGCUGAAGAACUCCCUGCUGCCUGAGGCCAUUCCCCUGUUUUCCAAAUAUGCUGAGUCGGAGGUCGGAGCCUACUGCACCAUCUCCCUCACAGCCCUGCAGAGAUACGACGUCGCCCUCAUCACAGAUGAGGUGAAGCAGACGGUGAACCGAGUGUACCACCAGAACCGCCGGGUCUAUGAGAAGAAUGUGAGGGCAGCAGCUGCGGAUGUGGUCUUCAGCAGCAACCCCUCUUACAUGGAGGUGAAGAACAUGCUCCUGUCCAUCGGAAACCUGCCCAGAGAGUUGAACAAGUACAUGCUUUCCAAGGUCAAUGACAUCCUCCACUUUGAAAUGCCUGCCAGCAAAAUUCUACGGCAAGCCAUGAAGGACAUGAUCUCCCACAACUAUGACCGCUUCUCCAAGGUUGGGUCAUCCUCUGCUUUCUCUGGCUUCAUGGCACGUACCGCUGAUGCCACUACCACCUACAGUCUGGACAUUCUGUACUCUGGCUCGGGGGUCCUCAGGAGGAGCAACAUGAACAUCUACGCAGCCAGUAACGGCGCCAUGCUACAUGGCCUCCAGGUGGCGAUUGAGGCGCAAGGCAUGGAGUCCCUGAUUGCGGCCAAGCCGGACGAAGGCGAGGAGGACCUGGAGUCCUUCGCUGGGAUGUCGGCCCUACUCUUCGACGUCCAGCUGCGGCCUGUGACCUUCUUCAAGGGUUACAGUGACCUCAUGUCCAAGAUGUUCUCCAUGUCCGGCGAGCCCAUGAACGUGGUAAAGGGCCUGAUCCUGCUCACUGACCACUCCCAGGUCAUCCAGCUUCAGUCUGGGCUGAAGGCCAAUGCCGAGUUUCAGGGUGGUUUGGCCAUCGACAUCUCAGGAGGCAUGGAGGUCAGCCUGUGGUACAGGGAGUCAAAGACCAGCGUCAACAACAAGGGAGCCAUGGUGGUGACCGGGAAUGUGACCGUGGACAUGGACUUUGUGCGCACUGGGAUGGAAGUGAGCUUUGAGACAGAGGCGUCUCUAGACUUUAUCACCACGGUCCAGUUCUCGGAGUACCCCUUCCUGGUGUGCAUGCAGAUGGACAAGACCACCUUCCCCUUCAGUGAGUCCCUAACAAAAUACGAGAGCCUGCCAUCAGGGAAGAGCUACGUGUCGCGCAGGGGCCACAAGCAGCUGUUGCCUGGCUCGGAGUUCCCUCUCCACCAGGAGAACUCCAACAUGUGCAAGAGGGUGUUUGACUCAGACUGGUAGUCUUCUGCGUGUUUAUCCAUCGGUAAGAAGAUGGAAGAUAUUUUGCAGAGUGUAGAGAGUUAUGGCCCAACAAUCCUAUUUUGUUAUUACGUCAUAGUGUAAACAGUGUGUUGUAUGAGGUGGAUAAAUGGAUGCUAGCUAGCUAAGAUAUGAACUUUUGUAAAAUGGCAAAAGUGAACUGUCUUGUGCCUUUUUUUUGUUGAUCUGAUUGGAAAUUGCAUGCAUGUAUUUAAUCGCUUACAUCAGAGUUCUGUUUACUGCAAAAUCGCUAACUAGCGGCUAACUUGCUAGCUGUUUACUACUAUUUAUCUCCCUUUCGAUCUCCACAAUGCAUUAUUUACAGUGUGACAAUAGUGUAAUAGGGUUAUUCUUCCAAUGAGUCCUACUUGACAUUCUAGCUGAAGAGUUAUUUAUUAUUAUUAUUAUUUUUUAAAUGUUAAAGCUUUCCAGGAACACCUACUGUAUCACACCACAUGCAUGUUUACAUUCUUAAUUCAACGUUUUAUUUCAAAUCAGGAAUUUCUGUGGUGCCUUUUUAUGAAUUUGUUUGCAUAUCUAUUUAUAUGGGUAUAUGAGUGUCAUAUACUCAAUAUAGCUAAGUGAUACAACACAAUAUUCACCUAUGUAAAUAUGGUACAUAUCAUUGGGUGAGCUGAUGCUAUGGUUGAAUUUACUGGCAUUUACAUAAAUGCUCACAUUACACAGUUUCUAGAUUGUUUGUUUAAUUGAAGACAUGGAUGUGGUUUCCAAGACUGCAAAGAUUGAAUUACAGUUAAGUCAUUGCGUAACUAUAUACAAUUAUGUUUGCGGUACUUGAUUCACUCUGUAGCUAGCUUGAAGGAGCUGUUACAUGAGACCAGAUAACGCAGGGUUAAUUUAUUGAAUUCAUUUCUAUGAUUUUAACUUCUGGAUGUUAAACAUGUAUAUCAAUAGGAAAGUGUCUGAUUAAUUUAUUUACACAUUUGUAAUUGAUCCUAUUUAGAUAAUUGUGUCCCAUAUGAAAUGUGACUUGAUAUUAUAAUUAUUACAUUAAGCCUUUGAUAUAUUUUUUUGUACCAUAGUUUGAGAUCAGUUUGUUAGGGUUUGUACUUGACCAACAACAAAGAGUGUACUGGAACCACUAUGCUCCAUUGCAGUGCUUUUCUGGCAUUACACUAGUGUGCAUGUGUAAGAUUAUUUUCAAUAAAGCUAUGAAAUACAA